GUUCAAUCCUCGGCAUGGAGGCGGGCCAUCCAUCGUCAUGACCACCUCUGGCUUGGCUAUACUGGGCAACUUAUCAUAAGCAAGAUCAUCUAUCACUUGACCUUGAGGUCUGAGAAACAAGCAGGCUUUGGGUUUGUUAGUCGGGGUAUAAUGCAACACAUGGUUCCAGUCCAAAGGCAACAGUUAUGCCGCUGCGGGAACAAAUCCCUGACCUCCUCACUAGGUUCAGCGUCUAAUGACUGUUCUGGAACUGGUAGUGCAUCAUCGUCUACCAAGAUCUGCCCUAUUAUGACUGAACCAGCGGCUGGUAGGUCGGGGAUCGCCGUGCAACUGCCGCAAGGCUGCCCUUCGAUCCGACAGCAAACAGUGUGCGCAACGUGCAGUUGGCCAUUGGGGCGAGGGCUUGAGGGUUUCAAUAGCGGCUUGUCAGUCUGGGCGAGCGGACAAUUAAACAAAGCGAUGAUGCUGGUCAAGGUUGGGUUUGGAUAUUGCGGAAAACUGGAAUCGCAUCUUGGCUCGUCGACUCGGCACAGAUCACACCCAAAUAGAGUUAGGCCAAGGCUAUACCCCAUGAUCCCCGCAAGCGUGAUAGUUGAUCAAGACUAUGGAGUGAUGAGUAGACCCGAAGUUUGAUUGCGCUUCGAAAAAUCAUCAGCGAGAAGAAGGGUGCGAUGCAAGGACAGCCAGCCACCAAGGGGUAGGACGGGCAUGAUCACACCACUGCCAUAAUGUUGUGCUGGCGAUGAGUAGACACAUUUGACCCCAAAAUUCCGAAUAAGACGAGUCUGGUUUCUGGACCGACUGGAUCUCGGAGUGCCGUGCAUAGAGUGUUGUAUCUGAUAGGCGCAGGGCCAAGAAGUGCUUGGGAAGUCAGCCACUGCCGCCGUCGCCAUUUCGUG